CGUUGGUCUGUGGCUUUGGGGGGUAGAGGUAAAACGUAUUCUGAAUCCGAUACGUUGAUAGUCGCUGGCAGCCUCCUCCCAUGCGGUGCGCACUGUCCUAUGUUUGGCUCUUACGCUUAAGUAGCUUUACCGGCGUUGUGCGCUUGUCAGCGAGCUCCAGCUGCCGCUCCACACGGACAGUUCACAUCGGGCUCUCGGUGGGGCUCCCUUUACUGUUCGCUAGGAAACUCAUGAUACAGUCAGGCAAUAUGAGCGGCAACAGAGGCGUAACUGGACCAGGCGCAGUGGAUUUUAGGUGCAUAAAAACAGACAACACUGACCCAUCCGUGGAGAGGAAACUAGAGGGGAGCACGCUGGAUGUAGCGGCCCACAGACUGCGGACACCCAGCCCCCAGGUGGGCGAUGAAGACUCCGAGGCAGAGUCUUUUCGGGAUGGAAGAACUGAGGAGGUGGACCGGGAAACCAAGGGCAGGGCGUACGCGUGGUGCAGGGACUUUCUGUCCGGGUCCUGGAAGACCAUACAAGAAGAGGAUUUUCAUAUCAGCAUCGUCAGCGGUGGGCUGAGUAACCUGCUCUACCUGUGCUCUUUACCUGACCAUGUGCGUGUGGAGGGAGAGGAACCCAGGCAGGUGCUGCUCCGAGUCUAUGGUGCCAUCUUACAGGGUGUGGACUCUCUGGUGUUGGAAAGUGUCAUGUUUGCCAUACUGGCAGAAAGAACUCUUGGGCCAAAACUUUAUGGCAUAUUUCCAGAUGGACGGUUAGAGCAGUACCUCCCGAACACUCGAAUGCACACUGAUCAACUCUCUGAACCAUCUAUCUCGGCUGAGAUUGCUACUAAAGUAGCACGUUUCCAUAAUAUGGCCAUGCCUUUCAACAAAGAGCCCAAGUGGCUAUUUGGGACCAUUGACAAAUACAUGGAUCAAGUGAUAAAACUUAAAUUUAACCGAGAAGCACAUGUAAAAAAAUACAAGAAGCUGAUGAAGCUGGACCUGCCUGGUGAACUGAAGAGGCUUCGUGCUUUACUGGCUGCGACUCCCUCCCCUGUGGUGUUCUGUCAUAAUGAUGUGCAGGAAGGAAACAUUUUGAUUCUUGAAGAUAAGGACCAAUCCUCAAAUGAACGACUCAUGUUGAUAGACUUUGAAUACAGCAGUUAUAACUACAGAGGGUUUGAUUUUGGGAACCACUUCUGUGAAUGGAUGUACGAUUAUACCUACAACCAAUGGCCUUUCUACAAAGCCUCACCAGAGAAUUACCCAACCAGAGAUCAGCAGCUUCAUUUCAUCAGGAGUUAUUUGGCAGAACAAGAGAGACUCUUGACUCUCGACAUGAAAAUGCAUCGAACUCAGGUGGAAGAGAACAUGAUUAUUGAGGCUAACAGAUAUGCUUUAGCCUCUCACUUCCUGUGGGGGCUCUGGUCCAUCAUUCAGGCAAAAAUAUCAAAGAUUGAAUUUGGAUACAUGGACUAUGCACAGUGCCGUUUUGAUGCCUAUUUCAAACAGAAGAAGCUCUUUGCGUAAAGCUAGUGUUUGUACUCCACACCUGUGACAUAGUCCUUAGAGCUCAGCACAGUGGGAGAGGAUCCUGUGAGCACAGAUCAGAAGCACAUUCCAAUUGCCUCUGACCAUUAGUGCACUGGAUGGUCUCCAUUUUGUGAAAUACUAUUUGGACCCUAGCAGCUGAAUGAAUGUGCACGUAACAAUCUGUCUUUAUCUGUAUUUAGUAUUACUUUUACUUUUGUAUUCCUUUAAGUGACUAGUUCAUUCAGUGGUCCAAUGAAUUGUUUAACCUCAGUUACUCUGUAGCUGUACAAUAAUUUCAAAUCACUGUUUAGCACUUACACAAUGACUGUAGGAGCUUCUGAAUGUGUGUUGUAGUUGUCACUCUGCUAAAAAUCCAUGGAAACUAUGACUGAGUCAGAGAAAGGGCUACUUCUAUCUAGUAUUGUGUCCAAUCCAUUUUUUUUUUUUUUAAAUCAAUUUUAAUUCCUAAAUGAAGCAGCUAGAAUCAUGAAUAAACAGUGGUGGACAGUAACAAAGUACAAAGGUAAAAGUAUCUGGUAUCUGUAUUUAACUUUGGUAAAUUUUUACAGUGGAUACUUUUUACUUUUACUGUAUUACAUCUGAGAGCAGGUACUUUGUACUUCACUAUGUUUUUGAACAGGACUGAAAAGUUAAAAGUACUUGGCAUAUGAUUUCAGGGGGUGUUUUAGCACAUUCAUGGUAACUCCCUGACUAAAGUAUUUUAGGUCAAGUCCUGCCUUUGAGCAAGCAAAAAUACACAAUUAAAUUUGUAUAGAAACAGAAACAGAAAAAUUGAUUCAGUCGCCAACGAAAAAAUCAAGACAGUUAUUUAUCAAUAUAAUGCUAUAAUGGUUAUUAAAGUAAUCUGUCUUUUGCAUGUACUUUUACAUGUACUUCAAUACUUUUACUUGAAAAAGUAUCACAUAUUAUAAUUUACUUGAGUAUGCUUUUGUGCCCAUAUCUGUACUUUAAAUUAAAGGUCCCAUACCAUGCAAAUGGUAAUCUUGUGAGGUUUUAGAAAUGUUAAUGUUGUUACCUCCUCAAAAACAUACCUGGAGUUGUGUUCUGUUUCAUUCACACAUGUUCACACAUUACUCUGUCAACAUCUCAAAAGCUCAGAAUGUUCUGAUCCAUGUUGUAAUUUCUUGAAAGGAUAAUUUUAAAGUUAACAGCUCCUUUUACCUUUUGUUUAUUAGAGAUUGGCAGUUCCAAGGGUUGACAUCUAAAUGAUUUUAGUGAAGGUGCAAGGAGUUUAAAAGUGGAGCACUUCCUGUAUGACCUCACAACAUCAUGUUUGAGAGAAGAACUCAGUAUAAAUACGCAGUGUUUGUUUGAAUGAAACUAAACACAAUGCCAGGUAUGCUUUUGAUGUGGAAACAAUAUGACAUAGAUCAGAAAUAUGGACCCUUUAAGUAACAGACAUAUGUGUGGUACAAAAUAAUUUUAUCAGGAUGAAUAUAAUGUGAUUCUUCUUUUUUUCUGUAUUGUUUUAAAUGUGAAACUACCUUAUACCUUUUCUAAUAUGUGUUUUGUAAACAUUAAUUUGUCUAGUUUGUUACCGAAUCAUGUUGAGUUUGCGUUCUGAAGUUAUAGAUUUCUAAAAUAUAAUGAAUGUACGUCGUUUAAGUAUUUUAAUGAAUGCACCAAGUUUCUUGGUUUUUCUCAUCAGUGUUGUUAGACUGAAUCUAUCUGUAGGCUAUGCAGUCAUUUGUAACAUCUAAGUUCUGUUUCAUUUAACCUUGCACUACAUUAAAAAGCUCAACCAUGA